CCAAAAAGUAGACAAAAAUCUUCAUAUCUACUCAUCUCCACCAAGAAAGAAGCAGCAGAGGCAUUCUCAAGAAGAUUUGCCUUAAAAGACCUAAAUAAACUUAAUUACCUUCAACACAUAAAUAUCCAAACAAAAUGGGAACUGAGGCACAAGAUGAUCGUCGUAUAUGGGUUGGAAAUUUAGAUACUCGUCUCACCGAUUCGAUAUGCUAUUUCACAAGAAUGGGCCCCUCGUUGGCCAAUCUCGAGGAUAUGCCUUUGUUACCUUCAAAUCGGCUGACUCAAGCGUAAAGGCUCUGCAUAAAUUAAAUGGAAUGUACAUAGGAAAGAAACCACUUGCUGUGCGAUUAGCUAAAAAUCUAAAUUAUGAUGAAUUAGAGAAACCAAAACCACGCAUUGAGAUUCCCGCCCUAGGUACGCGUCCUGUAGACUCCAAAAUUAGCAAAGAAGACGCUAUACGCGCCAUCGAGGCUAAACUCAAUGUCUUGGAAAAACGCACUCUCGACGAUGAGAUAGAAAUGACUAAUAAUUCAUCUACCUGCCAAGCCCCCAUCAUUCAGAAAUAUCAAUUCAACAAAAACAAUGAUGGCACCAACAACGGACAACGCGGAGGAUUCGGCACAAGAACGCAGUUUGUCAAGCACAGAGGCUCCUCUAGACCGUACAACAGAAAUCAUCGCCCAAAGCGACGGUAGUGCCUCACAAAAAAGAAAACCCUACAAGAAUCCUCUCUUGUGUUCAUCGCAUGCUCUCGGUUUAAGUUUUAACUUUAGAAAUCACUCUCAGACAAAAACAAAAUAUUUUUUGAACAAAAAUAAAUUAUAUUCGUGUUUAGCUUAAUUCUA